GCGCCUUGUCGUCAGGCUGGAGCUCGGCGCUCGACUAUCUCCCCUGAUCGUUGGCUCAGGACUCGGCACGGCGCUCGGCAGAUUUUUAUGGGAUUAGGAGGAAGCUGGGGCAAGAUGCUAGUGGCCGCGGCGGCGGACAGGAACAAGGAGCCGAUCCUGCAGGUGCUCCGGCAGUAUGUGAACCCGGAGGUCCCGGUGGCGCGGGUGCUGGAGGUGGCCUCGGGCACCGGGCAGCACGCCGCCCACUUCUCCCGGGCGCUGCCCAACGUGCGCUGGAUCCCCUCUGAGAUGGACCAGCGCUGCCUGCGGAGUAUUUCUGAAUACAUCAGUAAAGGAUCUCUGACCAAUGUGGAGCAGCCUCGUACUCUGAAUUCCUCUCUGAGCUGGGAGACCUGGGGAGUGGCGCCAGACUCUCUGCAUCUUAUCGUCUGCAUCAACAUGAUCCAUAUCACCGAGCCGAGCUGUACCAAGGGUCUCUUUAUUGGAGCGGGCCAUGUGCUUCAGCCUGGCGGUGUGCUCCUCACCUAUGGGCCUUACUCUGUAAACGGCAUCCUCACCCCUCAGAGUAAUAUCGACUUUAAUCAGAGUCUGAAAAACAGUAAUCCUGACUGGGGGAUCUGGGAUACAGGAGAUCUGCAGGAGCUAGCGAAAUCCUGUGGCUUGACAUUGGAGAGAAUGGUGGAUAUGCCGGCAAAUAACAAGUGUUUGAUCUUCCGUAAGAUGUGA